AUGGUCACUGUUGCGGUCGCUGGAGGGGGAACUGGGAUAGGACUCGAUAUCGUUCGGGCGAUUCUGGCGACAAAGAAACACGAUCUCACGGUUAUAUCACGAUCAAAUCAGACCUCCCUCGCUUCUGAAGGAGUCAAUAUCAAGGUCGUCGAUUACAGUUCUGUCGAGCAACUUGCAGACGCACUACGGGGUAUUCAUACAGUCAUCAGCUGCAUCCCUGCAUACGGAGACAAUACGACUGCGGCCGAAUUAGCCCUUUUGGAAGGGGCAAAACGGGCAGGUGUGCUGCGUUUCGUGCCAUCGGAAUGGAACAGCGCCUGUAAUGAUAUCGUUGACCUAUAUGCUGGCAAGGAGAUUGUUUGGAAUGCUGUGCAAGGCUCGGGACUUGAAUAUACUCGUUUCAUCAAUGGCCUCUGGAUGAACGUGUGGGGGCCCGGCUGCAUCCGGGAUGAAGAAGAAGCCAUUGGAGCUUAUAAAGGUCGUCCAGCUUUUGCUAUUGAUCUCAGAGCCGGCACAGCGAUCAUCCCUGGCGAUUCAUCUCAAAAAGUUGUUGUUACACGGACUCAAGAUGUUGGUCGAUUUGUCGCUGCUACCCUGGAUCUGCCUAUCUGGGAAGCUGAGAGUCAUAUUGUGGGGGACAGGUUGAGUUUUGCGGAGGUUGUCGGAUUAGCCAACGAGGUAUGUGGCAAGCAGCUUCGCGUGACAGAAAUACACGUCGAGGAGUUGGAGGAAUUGCUAGGAGGCAAUCUUGAAGUUGGUGAAAGAUUCUACUAUCAGCUGCUCCUGUCUGCAGCCCUUGGUCGGAUGGAUUUUGACCAUCUUACGAACCCAUUGUUUCCUGAUCCUAGGCCAAUGUCAACAUCGGAAUAUCUAAAGAAGCAUUGGACGUUGGAUUAG